CUGAAGUAAACAAGAGCUGCACUGCUUGCAGGCUGGCCGUUCAUCAGAUAGACCGGUACAGGCCGGUUAAGCUUUGUGGCUUGCUCCAUAUUUCCCACCCAGUCACAUGUGGUGUGCAAAUCUGACUAUACAAUAAAUAAAUAUACACACACACUGCUUUUCAACAAAAGUUCCCAAAGUGGUUAACAUAGACAAAAUAAAUAAAUAAAAUGGCUUCCUGUCCUCAGAAGCCUCACAAUCUAAAAAAGACACAUCAGAUAGACAACAGCAACAGUCACUGGAGGAAUGGCUGUGCUGGGAGUGGAUAGGGCCAGUAGGGAUGUGCCAAAAUGCGAUUCGGCUGUCCAUAUCACAGGCACCUCCCUUUAAAAUCAAGGCCCCUUUAAAGCGGAGGAGAGCAGGUCUGUACCUGCUCCUCCUCUGCUGGCCGCCAUCCUGGCGCUCCCCCUAGCUAUGUCUCCCAGCUGCCCCUGUGUUUCAGCACAUUUCUAAAGGCCAGUUGCUCUCCCCCUGAUAAAUCAGGAGAAUUGCCACUUUAAUAAGGUGCCUUUUCGCUCAGCUAGCAGAUUGCUGCCUUAAGACCAGUUGUUCCUUUCGUUGUUAAAAAUGGAUUUGGGCUGGGAAUGGGUUAAUUAAUGCAUCAAUCACAUUUCCAAAAUGAUGUUCUCAUAUAUGUCUAACUUAUCACACUAUUUAUUGUGCAGUAUUAUUUAUAAAAUCUCCAUUCUGGCCCAUUCAAUUCAGGAUGAGUUCCAGCAAGUAAAACUAGCUGAAGGCUAGUUAUCUUCUGGGCUUUCCUUUUGUCCUCCCCCUCCGGCCGCUGCUUUCCCUCCCUGCCCGAUGGCCAUCAUUCUGCCGUUCUCCUGGCCAGCAGUUUCUCCCCCUACCCGCCUGUCCCCAUUGCUAUCUGGCAGCUGCUUGCGAACUCUCAUGAGAGCUGCCACACAUGGGAUUAGUAAUGGUUAUGUUUAAGAGAAAUAAAUAGAUAGAUAGAUACUGUAGAUAGAUAGAUAGAACACUGGAAGGGUUUUAGAUUUAAAAUAUUGUCAUCGGGAUGCUUUCCAGAUUAGAUCCGCAAUGGGGUCACGGUUUUAUCUCUGAAGUGUGCUUCCACAUUUCCUGCAUUGUGACACCGCAGCCCGUAUGCUGACAGCAGGGUGCCAUUCAAAUUUCCGAUGCCUUGUUUCGAAUGUAAUCGCUGCGAUUUAUUGAUAAAAGGUUGUAUGUCCGGCGUUAAAAGGUUGCUUUUUCCCCGGGUUGUUAAUUUUUGCAGGACUGCUCCCACUGCUGGGCACUUUGCUAUUUACGUUUUGAAUGGGAUUUGCCUGAACGGAAGCAUUUUGCCACUGUUGAGUGGCUAAGCUGGAAAGCGCCCUGAUAUCUCUAACACAUCCCACUAUUUUUUGCCUCAGUUUUAUUUCAAAGGGUGUGUUCCAUUUGUUCUGUUCUAGCUUUUACACUGUCCCUGCUUGAUGACCUCAUUUUGCCUCCCCUGUUUUUGCCCCUUCCUCUUAGCUUCUCCCAUAGUUCUUGACUGAACAACUGAAAAUUAUUUUUCUACAUUAACAAUUGAAAGGUAUAAUUUUUUAUUUUUCUGAGAGCUCCACUCCUGUGCAUGAGACAGACAACAACACUUUCUUUGAUGACUUCCAACAGGACGUGCAAAUGUCUUAAUGACUAACAACUGCAUGUCAGGAAGCAGUUCAGUAGGUUAAUUUUCUGGUUUUUUAAUCUCUAUGCUGGAGAAAGCCACGCCUACUUAAUUUCUGAUGGUUUGGUCCCCUAGUUCUAGCAAUGAACAUAUAAAGCUACCUUCUAUCAAGUUAGACCGUGCUCAGUAUUGUCUGUCCUAUCUAGGGCAGGGCUGCUCAACUUGGGCCCUUCUGCAGAUGUUGGCCUACAACCCCCAUCACCCCUAACUAUUGGCUACAGUGGCUGGGAAUGUUGGAACUGUUGUCCAAGAAUGGCUGGAGGGCUGAAGUUGAGUAGCCCUGUUCUAGGGUUUCGGACAGGGCUCUUUCUGAACCCUAUCUGGCAAUGCUUGGGCUUGAACUCUUCUGCAAAGCAUGGGCUCUGCAGGUUACAUGGCACCUCCUCACGUAACCUUGUUUGUGCUGAACAUGUCUACGAACAGAGAAAUAUUAUGGGCUGGGAGUCUAUUUCCCAAAUCAAUACUCACUAACAACUGCACUAUUUCUGGACUGUGUAAAUAGCUGCACUCUUUUCUGACAGGGACCCCAUGCCUUUUAAAUAGCUGUACAAAAAGUAGAAAUCAACAGGUGCUGCUUUUCCCUGACAUCACCUGUUGAUUUCUGCCUGUUGUGCAGCUGUUAAAUGCAUAUAAUGCCCCUGCUAACUUGGCAAAAAGGCAACUUUUAAUGUGAUUCUGUUUAUUAAGCAGGGGGAGAGUAACUGGCCCUAUCCACCCCCAGCACAGUACCUCCAGUGACUGUUGCUGGUGUCUAUCUUGUGUUUCUUUUUUAGAUUGUGAGCCCUUUGGGGACAGGGAGCCAUCUUAUUUGUUUGUUAUUUCUCUUUGUAAACCACCCUGAGCCAUUUUUGGAAGGACGGUAUAGAAAUCAAUCAAACAAACAAACAAACAAACAAAUAACUGUCCAUUGAAGAGGCGCAAUCCUACUCCUACGCAUUCUUAGACUGUGUUCCUCACUGUAAAUCUCUGUUUUGCUCUAUUGGCCACUCCCUCUUUUUAAGGUUCCCCUCUAGUUUAUCCCUUGUGAGCAUAGCAAACUGGGGGUUGAGAUUUCAGCUGCCACAGCCCUGAAAUUGUCUCUGGAGCUUGUGCUGGAUUUUUUCUAGCCACCCCCUUGAUCCUGGCUUGGUCUCAGGACAGGUUUAUGAGUGGUUGGGGUGGUACGUUCUCAUCAGACCACUUACAGGAAGGGGAAGGCCUUUGAGCCAGGGCCAGCUUGAACAGGCUUGGAGCAAUUUCCUAACAUCUCCAUGACUGUAUUUUUCUUUUGUCUUUCAUAUCGUCUGGGACUUGUGGAAGGGGGCAACCCACUGGUUGAAGAACGGCCUAGUGAAGGUGGAGCUGAUAUUCAUGUGGUGGCUCACCAUCAUGGGUUUCUUGGUGUAACUGCACCCCAUAUCCUUUGAAGCCUUCCUCCUUCCUCUGCCGUAUCACUGCUGACAUGUGAGCCAUAAGUAAAUAUUUGGCCAGCAGGGUCAGGGGGCUUGUGUGUGGCUUCCUACUGCUUAGAUGUUCCUGUACACACUCUGGCUGGCACAUCCCUCUGGCCAAGCGGGGAAGGCUGGGGCUGCUGGAGAGAGCUAUGCAGACUGCCGUUGUCCUGCUUCUCAUGCUGCUCUGUACCUUCAGCACAGGCCUCCGUUCCCCUCUUAAUGACUUCCAGAGGCUAAAAGCGACUGAGCUGGUCUCUUCAUCUCACUGGACAGCGGAGCAGCGUAUAGGGGUAGAGGAGUGUGCGAGGCAUUGCACAACACUGCUUGACUGCAGAGCUUUUCACUACAACUGGAAAAAUAAUGGAUGCCAGCUGCUGUCUUUGACCCAACAUUCAUCACACACCCAGUUGCAGAGGAAUGUCCACUAUGACCUCUUCCAGAAAAAAGGUUAUAUAAGGAACUGCAUUGUGGGAAAUGGCACAAGCUACAGAGGAACCCAAUCAGUGACGGAAAAGGGGAAAACCUGUCAGCCGUGGAGACUGAAGUUUCCUCAUGACCAUAGGUUUGCUCCAUCACCACGUAAUGGAUUGGAAGAAAAUUACUGCCGGAAUCCAGAUAAUGAUAAGCGUGGUCCCUGGUGUUACACAACUGAUCCUGCCACCCGACACCAAAGCUGUGGCAUCAAGAAGUGUGAAAAUGCUGUAUGUCUGUCGUGUAAUGGUGAGGACUAUCGGGGCUUUGUGGAUUACACUGAAAAGGGCAGGGAGUGCCAACGCUGGGAUCUGCAACAUCCUCACAAGCACCCAUAUUUACCAAACAAAUACCCUGACAAAGACCUGGCGGACAAUUUCUGUCGCAACCCGGACAGUUCUGAGCGUCCUUGGUGUUACACGACAGAUCCUGCCAAGGAGCGGGAAUUCUGCCACAUUCGGAAAUGCACAGAGAAACGUCGAAACCUUGAUCCUACAACUAGCUGCUUCAUGCUGAAGGGAGAAAACUAUCGAGGCAAGGUGAACACCACGACGUCGGGCAUCACUUGCCAACGUUGGGAUUCUCAGACACCUCACCAUCACCAUUUCCUGCCUGAGAAAUAUGAGUGCAAGGACCUGAGGGAGAAUUAUUGCCGGAACCCAGAUGGCUCAGAAGCUCCCUGGUGCUUCACUACUAUGCCUCAUGUACGGGUGGCUUUUUGCUUCCAGAUCAAACGCUGUACUGAUGAUGUGGCAGUGGAAGACUGUUAUCAUGGAAAUGGAGAAGAAUAUCAAGGCACUAUCAGUAUGACCCGGAAGGGAAUCACAUGUCAGAAAUGGAAAGACCAGUCGCCUCACAAGCCCCAGAUCUUUCCUACCAUGUUCCCUACUGUCCGUCUUGAAGAGAACUAUUGCCGCAACCCUGACAAUGACAGCCAUGGACCCUGGUGCUACACCAUGGACCAUAACACCAAGUUUGAUUACUGUGCUAUUGAGCCAUGUGUUGGUGACAAGAAGCCAUCCAUCUUGCUGAACCCAAAUAACGUGGUCUUUGACCAGUGUGGUAAGAGGGAUGAGAGAAUACAGGUGCGGACUCGUAUUGUAGGGGGGCUCCCUGGGAAUUCGCCCUGGACUGUCAGCAUCCGCAAUAGGGAAGGCGUCCAUUUCUGUGGAGGGUCACUGGUGAAAGAGCAGUGGGUCAUUAGCACACGUCAGUGUUUCUCCUCCUGUGAUGCUGACUUAUCUGGUUAUACAAUCUGGCUUGGAACGCUCUUUAAGAACCCUGGUCCUAAUGACCCCAACAAACAGGUCAUUCUCAUCACUAAGAUUCUCUGUGGCCCCUCUGAGUCUCUCCUGGUGAUGCUGAAACUGGAGAGGCCAGUGAUCCUGAACCAGCGUGUGGCACUGAUCUGUCUCCCACCUGAGCGCUACAUAGUGCCCGAGAAUACAGAGUGUGAGAUUGCAGGCUGGGGUGACACCAGAGGUACCGGUAACGACAAUGUGCUCAAUGUGGCCAAGCUGCCAGUAAUGAGCAACCGGGAAUGCAAUGUGGCACUGCGAGGCCGUUUGAAGGACAGCGAGUUGUGUACAUCUCCCCUGCAUGUAGCCGUGGGGUCCUGUGAGGGUGAUUUUGGAGGCCCCUUGGCCUGCCUGACUCAUGACUGCUGGGUGCUAGAAGGUGUGAUCACUCCAUCCCGCGUCUGUGCUCGCAAAGACCAGCCUGCCACCUUCAUCCGUGUCUCCCUCUAUGUUGACUGGAUCAAUAAAGUGAUGAAGUUAGGCUGAAGUUGCUCAUCCGGAAGCUCUCCCCUCCCUCUUCACAGUCACCCAGGAACAGUCCUGCCUUCUGUUUGCCAAGGGAGUGCCUAUUCUUGAGGUACCAGGUCCUCUAGUGUUACCAAAUGGGAAGGCACUUUUGCAGCUCGGCUACAAACUUUGGGGAAGUUUGUACAGACAGAAUAUUUGGAAUGCACAGACAAUGCCUUCAAACAACUGGGACAGACUCUUUUGCUUCCAUAGGAAUAGCCUUCCAUGUGAAAAUGCAGAUAUAACCACAGAACAAAACUCAACAUCAGGUUGAUACAAUAUUUGUUUAUUUGAAUUAUCUCACAUAAAAAUCAUUUCAGGGUUAUGCUUGUAAGUUCAUUGACCACUUGUGUAUUAUCAAAAAGGAGAUGUGAGGGGGCAGACAGCAUUCACCCUUUAACAGCAAACCUCUUGCAGUAGCUCUUAAACUCACCACCAUCUUCUGACUUGCAAGAAGCCAUUAAAACUGAUUGUCAGGAUUCCUCCUUUUUCAUGUGGCUGCUUUUCCAGCUGAGGCCACACCUCAGACUCCGUGUAACUAUGUGCAGCACCAUACAACGAGGCAUCCAAUAUCUGAAGAACUGCAUUAAAGACAUUUUGUUUUGAUUUUUACAAAAUACAUUCUGUGAUAUCGUUGCUGAAAGGAGAAAAGGCCUUCCUUUCACCCAACAUUCCUUUGGUGUAGGACGAUAUAUUCUGCAAAGAACCCCACCCCCUUGCCUUUUAAACAAUUAACAGGUCUCUCUUUUUUGCAUCACAAUUCCCCACCUUGAGACAGCAGGCAUACAAGGCAAGUGAAGUACCUCAGAGACUGGAGUGUCUGAUGCUGUAACCUGUGAAAUUAUUCUAGGACCUGUGCCUAGGAAAGACAAGGAAGAAUGGGGGAAUCUAAGUACUAGGGCAUAGCCCUGGAGCCUCCCUUCAGUACCAAGAAGUGGCUAUAAGAUUUGUGAAGUAAGAUGCAUAUUAUUGAACAUGUGCAAAGUAUUUUUCACUGCUGAGUAACUACACCGCUCUAUCCCAUAUCUAGGGAGAAGGGCUUUUGGACCAAGGGACCUGAUUUUUCUUUCUUUCUUAAAAAUUAACAUAGUUUAUAGUAGAAUAAGAGAGACAACCAAAUAGCAUAAUUAAAUAUAUUGAUAAGUAUACACUUAAUGUUGACCAAUAUUAAAAUAUUACUUCCUAAUAAACAUAAUGAUCUAAAUUAAUGGUUUUUUCUGUCUAAGAACAAGUAUUAUUAAUCUUACAUUUUCAUAGUACCCUCUGUCUCUCUAAGGGGCCAAUCCGCCUGCGCACACAACUGCUGGCUCCGUCAUGGAGCCGGCGGGGGCUGGGGGGGGAUUGGGGGCCGUGCGGCCCCUGGAAGCUCCAGCAUGCCCUGCACAAGUGUGCAGGGCAUGUUGGAGAGACCCCCGAACUGGGAGGCUGCUUUUAAGUCUCCCGGUUGGGGGUCUACUCAUGAGUUGCCACGCCACAGCAACUCACAAUCGUAGAUCCCCGGUUAGUGGAGCACUUGCUCCACUAACCUGGGCUUAGGGGAGGGUUACUUAAGAGGGUUAACCACUUGGAGGCCACCGGGCUCGCCAUGGGAGUCAUGGGAGCAAUGAAGGAGUGAACUGAAAUGUGCUGUAAAGAACAAAGUGACAACAUACCAAACAGAAGUGAAUUAACCUUUAGUGUAGACAGGGCCUUGUCUAAUUUUUCACAGUGUAAAAUCAUUCCCUCUUAUCCUGUUGCUAAGACUGCUUGUUGUUCUACAUAUUAUCACCUCGUUGAUGCAUGUAUUCGUGACAGAAAGAAUGUUUGUGUCACACUUCUUGUAUAGUAUGUAGCUCUCUUUAAUACCUACCUAUUAAAGCAGUUCUUGGUUCAUAGUUUAA